UCUCUCUCUCUCUCUUUCUCUCUCACAGGGACGACACUGCAGCUAGCAAUGGCGUUCGCCUCGUCCCUAUCUCCACCCUGUAAUCUACCCGCCCUCUCUUCAAAACCCACCAAGAUUUUAACCUCAUUCAACAAGAUCCAUCCUUUCUCUCUCCUCCAGCGACCUCCCAUUUUCAGAGCAGUUUCCAGUUUGCAGUCGCAAGGGACGAACUCGUCAAAUUCUAAUCUAUUUGCUUCAGUUACAAGUGCAGAUGUUCUGCUGGAUGAUGCUGUUGAACAAGUACAGCUCCCAAAGGGUGACAGUUGGUCGAUUCAUAAAUUUGGCGGCACUUGUGUUGGAACUUCUGAAAGAAUACGAAACGUUGCAAACAUUGUUGUUAAGGAUGUUUCCGAAAGAAGAUUGGUUGUCGUGUCUGCUAUGUCAAAGGUGACUGAUAUGAUGUACGAUCUGAUACGCAAGGCACAGACCAGGGAUGAUUCUUACGUGAGUGCAUUGGAUGCUGUUUUGGAGAAACACAAGUCUACGGCACUCGAUCUACUUGAUGGAGCUGAGCUGUCAAAUUUCUUGGCUCGAUUGCAUGAGGACAUUAAUAACCUUAAGGCAAUGCUGCGUGCGAUUUAUAUUGCUGGUCACGCGACCGAAUCUUUUUCCGAUUUUGUGGUUGGACAUGGUGAGCUGUGGUCUGCCCAGUUGCUUUCUGCUGUUGUUAGAAAGAACGGGGUAGAAUGUACUUGCAUGGACACAAGGGAGGUCCUUAUUGUAAACCCGACGAGUUCUAAUCAAGUGGAUCCCGAUUAUCUGGAAUCGAGCCGAAAGCUUGAGAAGUGGUACGCUGAAAAUAAAUCCGACACAAUUGUUGCAACAGGGUUUAUUGCCAGUACGCCUAAGAAUAUUCCCACAACUUUGAAGCGUGAUGGAAGUGAUUUUUCUGCCGCAAUUAUGGGUGCAUUGUUCAGAGCACGUCAAGUCACCAUUUGGACUGACGUGGAUGGUGUUUACAGUGCAGACCCCCGGAAAGUUAGUGAAGCUGUGAUAUUGAAGACAUUGUCUUAUCAGGAGGCGUGGGAAAUGUCAUACUUUGGUGCGAACGUUCUACAUCCUCGGACAAUUAUUCCUGUCAUGAAAUAUGACAUUCCAAUCGUUAUAAGAAAUAUUUUCAACCUUUCUGCGCCUGGGACCACGAUAUGCCGACCUGCUGGUCUCGAGAAUGAAGAUAGCCAGCAAGUUGAGUCUCCAGUCAAAGGAUUUGCAACUAUUGAUAAUUUGGCGCUUGUGAAUGUUGAAGGAACUGGAAUGGCAGGUGUUCCUGGUACUGCUAGCGCCAUUUUUGGUGCUGUGAAAGAUGUCGGAGCUAAUGUAAUCAUGAUAUCCCAGGCCAGCAGUGAACAUUCCGUGUGUUUUGCUGUACCUGAAGAUGAAGUAAAAGCUGUAGCUGCAGCUUUAGAGUCUAGAUUUCGUCAGGCUCUGGAUGCUGGUCGUCUUUCUCAGAUUGCAGUUAUUCCAAAUUGUAGCAUUUUGGCAGCGGUUGGCCAGAAAAUGGCGAGUACCCCUGGAGUUAGUGCUACACUUUUCAAUGCUCUCGCUAAGGCUAAUAUAAAUAUACGUGCUAUAGCUCAAGGCUGCUCUGAAUAUAAUGUCACUGUGGUUCUCAAGCGAGAAGAUUGCAUAAAAGCAUUAAGAGCAGUGCACUCGAGGUUUUAUCUAUCAAGGACUACUAUAGCAAUGGGCAUUAUCGGGCCUGGGUUGAUUGGUGGAACAUUGCUGGAUCAACUCAGAGAUCAGGCAGCAAUCCUCAAGGAAAACUUCAACAUUGAUCUCCGGGUGAUGGGUAUUACAGGAUCAAAGACUAUGCUCUUGAGUGAUACGGGCAUUGACUUGUCAGAAUGGAGAGAUCUCCAAAAGGUGAAAGGGGAAAAGGCGGACAUGCAGAAAUUUGUUCAACAUGUGCACAGGAAUCAUUUUAUUCCGAAUACGGCUAUAGUGGAUUGCACUGCUGACUCUUUAAUUGCAAGCCAUUACCAUGACUGGUUGCGUCGUGGGAUUCAUGUGAUUACCCCGAAUAAGAAAGCCAAUUCAGGACCACUUGACCAGUAUUUGAAGUUGAGGACUCUUCAGAGACAAUCCUAUACGCAUUACUUUUAUGAAGCAACUGUUGGUGCCGGUUUGCCAAUCAUUACCACCUUGCAAGGCCUCCUUGAAACUGGGGAUAAAAUACUGCGAGUUGAAGGCAUUUUUAGUGGAACAUUAAGUUACAUAUUUAACAACUUUGUGGGUGCCCGGAGUUUUAGUGAAGUGGUAAAGGAGGCAAAAGAGGCAGGUUACACUGAACCAGACCCUAGGGAUGAUUUAUCUGGAACUGAUGUGGCUAGGAAGGUGAUAAUUCUUGCCAGAGAAUCUGGGUUGAAGCUAGAAUUGUCGGAUAUCCCCGUUCAGAGCCUAGUGCCAGACCCAUUAAAGGCGAGAGCAAAAUUCACUAGUACAGCUGCUCAACAGAAACACUAUUUGGGUUGCACCUCGGCCGAGGAGUUCAUGCAGCAGCUUCCUCAAUACGAUCAAGACAUGGCUAAGCAAAGACAGGAGGCUGAAGCUGCUGGUGAAGUCUUGAGAUAUGUUGGGGUGGUCGAUGUCAUCAACAAACGAGGAACUGUCGAGCUACGCAAAUACAAGAAAGAGCACCCGUUUGCCCAGCUUUCAGGAUCUGACAACAUAAUAGCUUUCUCAACUCUGAGGUAUGAAAAGCAACCGCUGAUUGUUCGUGGUCCGGGUGCCGGGGCUGAGGUUACAGCUGGAGGAGUCUUUAGUGACAUAUUGCGGUUGGCAUCGUAUCUUGGUGCACCUUCAUAAGUUCAUUGGCUUAUGAUCCACAACUUGGAAGGCCUAGGAUUGGUUUGUGCUUGGCUCGUUUGUCUUUCUUCUCGGUCGAAGCUGGAGAUUGUUUUACUUUUACAUUUCUUGAUUCCAAUGGGAUUUUGCAGCUCUGAUGAUUUACUAGGUAGCUAUUGUUGUUUUGUUAAUGAAAGGUGCUAAGUUAUUUCUGCAGAUAAUGAUUGAUUGUUUUAAGAACUGUUGUUUAUCUGUUUAGCUGAGGUUGUAUGAAAUGAGUAUCCAGAGACAUAAGUGGCUUGUAUGUUGGCUAAUUUCCUCUGCAAAGGAAGAUAAAAGUGGACUGCUAGUUUUUUGUGCUCAACACAUGCUUUCAGCUUUUUGUAAACCUCUUUAAAGCCAAGGCUAAUGAUAGGGAAAAAUGAUAGCAGAUUGUUUCUUAAGUUUAAAACAUCUUCAUGUUGCUCAGCAAACUAUGAUCGAU